UUAGCAAGCCUUUGACAGAUCACAAAGACAGCAUGACAGAACAGCUCGAUGAGAAGGCGGAUUUGAAGGCCCACAGGCUUUCAGUGAAGACCUCGAUGGAGGACGAUUUGGAGAGAGCAGACAGCAUACUGAGUCGGGGGCAUUCUAUAUGUGAUGACACAUCCUCGGAGUUACAGAGGAUGGCCAUACUGGAGAACGGUGGCCCAAACUCUCAGAACUCUUUCCGUGGAAGAGGAGCCCUGUCGAGAUUGGUGAGUAUGGUGGUGACGCUCCGAGAAUGGGCCCAUAAGAAUCUUCAGGAAGAGGAAGAAAGGCCAGACUCAUUUCUGGAGCGUUUCCGGGGGCCCGAGCUUCGGAUCACGCACAGCCGCAUCAGCAGCAAUCAUCCUGAUCCGCAAGACGCCGGCGUCAAAAUCAAGAAGAAGUCAGACGUGUUCAUUCUAGCACCAGCAGAUGACAUGUACUACCGCUGGCUGUUUGUCAUCGCCACAGCUGUACUCUACAACUGGUGCCUCCUGGUGGCAAGGGCCUGCUUUGAUGAACUUCAAACCAAAAACUACAUUCUGUGGCUGGUUUUGGAUUACCUCUCUGAUCUGGUCUAUAUACUGGACACCUGUGUGAGGCUGAGAACAGGUUUCCUGGAGCAAGGUCUUCUAGUGAAGGACCUAAAAAAAUUACAAGAGGGUUAUGUCAACACCUUCCAGUUUAAGCUAGACCUCUUGUCCAUCCUGCCCACAGAUCUGGCCUAUAUUGCUACUGGUAUCCAUGUGCCUGAGCUGCGUUUCAAUCGCCUGAUGCGCUUUUCUCGCAUGUUUGAGUUCUUUGACCGCACCGAGACUCGGACUAGUUACCCAAACAUGUUUCGCAUUGGCAACCUGGUGCUUUACAUCUUGGUUAUCAUCCAUUGGAACGCCUGCAUCUACUUUGCCAUCUCUAAGUCUUUAGGCUUUGGGACAGACCAGUGGGUCUAUCCCAACAUCUCGCAUCCGGAGUUUGGCGCCCUGACCAGAGUUUACAUCUACUGCUUCUACUGGUCCACACUGACACUCACCACAAUUGGGGAAAUGCCUGCUCCGGAACGUGAUGAGGAAUACGUCUUUGUGAUCUUUGACUUUUUAGUGGGCGUCCUCAUCUUUGCCACAAUAGUGGGCAACGUAGGUUCUAUGAUAUCCAAUAUGAACGCCACACGUGCUGAGUUCCAAACUCGCAUCGACGCCAUCAAGCACUAUAUGAAGUUCCGCAAGGUUAGCAAAGAGUUGGAGGCUCGAGUCAUCAAAUGGUUCGAUUAUCUAUGGACCAACAAGAAGACAGUAGAUGAGCAGGAAGUGCUCAAAACCCUUCCAAACAAACUGCGGGCAGAGAUUGCGAUCAACGUGCAUCUGGAAACACUAAAGAAGGUGCGUAUCUUUCAAGACUGUGAAGCAGGCCUGCUGGUGGAGCUUGUCCUAAAGCUACGUCCUCAGGUCUUCAGCCCGGGAGACUACAUUUGCCGUAAGGGUGAUAUUGGUAAGGAGAUGUACAUCAUCAAGGAAGGUCGGUUAGCAGUGGUAGCUGAUGAUGGGGUAACUCAAUUUGCCACCUUGACAUCUGGCAGCUGUUUUGGUGAGAUCAGCAUCCUGAACAUCAAGGGCAGCAAAAUGGGGAACCGUCGCACAGCCAACAUCCGCAGCAUCGGCUACUCUGACCUCUUCUGCCUCUCCAAGAACGACCUGAUGGAAGCUGUGAUGGAAUACCCUGACGCCAAGAAGGCGCUGGAGGAGAGGGGCCGGGAGAUCCUCCGGAAGGAGGGCCUGCUUGAGGAGACGGGACCUGGGGGGCUCACGAGUGAACAGAUGGAGGAGAAAGUGGGCCAGCUUGAGGUUUCUUUGGACACUUUGCAGACCCGCUUCGCCCGGCUGCUGGGGGAGUACACAGCCACGCAGCAGAGGCUCAAACAGAGGCUUACUGCCUUGGAGGGCAGGUUGCAGCACUGUGGCAGUGGAUUUCUGUCCGAUGGCAACGAGAGCACUACCGAUGGUGACGGCACUCACAGUGAGGUGAACAUUCAGCUGUGA